AGUGUUUUUCUCUUGGUUUUUCUUGCUAAUUGCAAUUUCAUUUCACUUACUUUCACGUAAUUCCUGGAAUCAUUUGCUCGGCUGAACAGAUAUUCUAGCUUCAUUAUCUAACCCAACCAACACUGGCUCGUUAAUCUGAAUCUUUUUUUUUAACUUCGUAUCUAUUUCUGCGCGAUUUCAGCAUCCCUGCUGCCUGUCAUUGUCAGUGUGAGUAGAUCGCGUAGUUUUCAAGAAUUGGUGAAGUUAUAAGUGUCAGUGAACCAUUUCAUCUAUAAUCAAUCUUUAUUACAAUACAAUCAUGUUUUCAUCUCCUGAUAUGAUGCUACAAGGCCUUAAUGUAACCCAGUUUCAGGUCAUUUGAGGUGUAAGUUGGGAUUUACCUACCUAUUGGUUUCUUGAUCUACCGACUUAGACCAUGUUUAAAACUGACUACAUGCAAUAUCACCUGGUUAUGUAAGCACUAAAGUAGCUUCAGUAAUGCCUCUCAAUGGGUCAAAAUCAGAGUGUUGAGUCCAUCAUUCCAAAAUCAGUGGAAAACUUUGUAGAAGAAAAUAUGUUGCAACACACACGAUGGCUAACAGAGAUUUCCUCUUUAACGUAUGAAGAAUUUUUGGAGUACAUCGUCCAGUUAAAUGUAUUGUCUCAGCGAUGUGUCGACUGCAAUGGGAAACAGCUCAUGUUCGCUGUAAAGAAAGGCACUGAUGCAACACUUCUUUGGAAAGCAACAGUAAAAAUAGCGUGUGUCAAACUUGAUCCAACUACAAAGAAGAUAGAGUCAUGUAAACUUCUAAACCUUCCCCAAUUUUUGAAAGUGUUCAAAGCUCUCCAGUAUCAAGUCACUACUGCGCAGCAAAUGGAGAGUGUGUCAUCAUGUAGCAAUGGAAUGACGGCUUCUACAGUUUUAAGAGAAAUUGACAACGCAAUCCACGAGGAGGGCAUUAGUCGAACAGCGGAUGGGGUAAUACCAGAAAGUAAAUUGACUGAGUGUUGCAUUUGCCUCGAGAGGAAGCCAGACGUUAUGCUGCCUUGUGCUCAUUCCUAUUGUCAUGUUUGUCUCGAGCAGUGGAAAGUGAACAACUCUACCUGCCCGGUAUGUCGAGAGACUAUUUCUAACAAAGACGAGUCAUGGGUAAUCUCAGAAGCACCCAACUCGCUGGAAAUCAGUGAGCAGAUUUUUACCUCCUUACUCAAGAUAGCUGAUUCUCCAGACUCCUCAUAAAGGAUGCAAGGUUAAAAACUUCCGCCAGGUAAUCGAAAGUUGCCUGUCAAGUGCCAUUUUGGAUAAGUACCAAUUUAUCAUUGAAACUGGAUGCAGAAUUCACCAAGAUUCCAGAAACACUUUCCAUGAGGUCUGUGUUUUAAUUUAUAACAACGAAAGGUGAAGACACGCUCUGUCAGGCGCAGUAGUUCUUUUUCUACCGCUAACUUGGCCAACUAUCCAUCGUUAUUAGUACCCUGUGUUGUAAAGCCCACCUUAAUAGCAAUGGCAAGCUUUGACAGAAAAAUCCUCAAAGCUGGUAGAAUAAGUUUUGUUCAACCAGGAACCUGAAAAAACCAAGUAGGAGAACGUUCUCUAUACCUCAGUACAUUUUUUGGAAAUUGCAUAAAACUCCCUCUUUAAGUAUUAAAAAAAUUAUAAAAACCAGCUGUUAUUAAGUUUCUGUGAUUACCUUCAAAAUUUAAUAAGGUUUAGAUAUUCAUCAAAUUUUUACCUCUGUACAUCAUAGGAAACAUCAGGAGCUGAUCAAUAAAGGGCUCCAACAUUCAUUAUUUGAAGCCCAAAACCUGGUUUUAUUAAAGAAAACAAAAGAAAAGGUUUGAUCAAUGAUUUUAAGAAACAUACAUACCUAGAAAGUUUUUUAUACAACCUGAAACAUUUUGAGGAACAUUUUACAAUGUAGGCAUGCAUAGAAGGAAAACACAGAAAUAAAAAAAAAGCGUUCUUUGAGGAGUAAAAGAAAUUGAACCCCAAGACUAGUUGUGAAAUGUUUUACUCUUUUGGCAGGAUGUUACUUUUCUUUUUUUGGGGGGCUCAACUUUACUGUCAACAGAAUCUUCGGAAUCAAAUUUAAUUGAAGCUUUUUUUCUUCUUCAAUAUCGAGUUGGAAAUUCGUACACCUUCGAAAAUGCUCUUGCUCCUGCCUCUAAAUUCUAACAAAAAAGGAAAAUAAAGUAUUUUCAUUCACCUAGGGGCGGCUGUUGAUUGAUCAUCAGCAGGGGUCCGCAUGCCAUGUUUGGUGCAGCAGCAGCAUGGGCCCACGCCAUCAUGUUUGGUGUUGUGCAGGCGCUGUAUAUGAGCGCAUUAUCGCUCAUAACCCCAGCUGGUGCGAUCGAUGCGCUCGAUGCGCUGUUUGUAUGGUUAACGGCCGGCCUUCAAUUCUUCAUUUUCACGCCUUAAAACUUGUAAUUCUAGCUUACCUAUAAGUUUACACGUACAGUCGUUUCAAGUCGAAAUUAAAAAAAAGCGUUCUUUGAGGAGCAAAAAAAAUUGGACCCCAAGACUAGUUGUGAAAUGUUUUACUCUUUUGGCGGGAUGUUACUUUUCUUUUUUUGGGGGGCUCAACUUUACUGUCAACAGAAUCUUCGGAAUCAAAUUUAAUUGAAGCUUUUUUUCUUCUUCAAUAUCGAGUUGGAUAUUCGUACACCUUCGAAAAUGCUCUUGCUCCUGCCUCUAAAUCCUAUCUAAAAAGGAAAAUAAAGUAUUUUCAUUCACCUAGGGGCGGCUGUUGAUUGAUCAUCAGCAGGGGUCCGCAUGCCAUGUUUGGUGCAGCAGCAGCAUGGGUCCACGCCAUCAUGUUUGGUGUUGUGCAGGCGCCGUAUAUGAGCACAUUAUCGCUCAUAAGCCCAGCUGGUGCGAUCGAUGCGCUCGAUGCGCUGUUUGUAUGGUUAACAGCCUUCAAUUCUUCAUUUUCACGCCUUAAAACUUGUAAUUCUAGCUUACACAUAAUUACAGUCGUUUCAAAUUCGUCUAUUUUCCGGUCUAAUCGAUCGCGGAUGCGCUUUUCGCCGCGAUAUACCCUUUGGUAUGCUGCAUCAACAUCCUUCUUGUCUUUUUUGAGAUAUCCAACAAUGGGUCGGAGCUCCAGUAGAAUGUUUUUUUACUCACAUAGUGUAAAAUAAACCAAACGAACUGCAUGGAUGUACAUUCCAUUCCUCCUAUCACACCCGCAAAAUUACGUCGCAUAUUGACUGUCACGCCUUUACCUUGAACUAAUUUCGCGGAGGAAUGCUGCAUUACCUUGAAUUAUUUACUCGUAGCAAAAAUACUGCAUCUAUGCAAUCGGACAACUUCCCCCUCCCUCAACUCACCUACCGCCAUCGGCUCCCGCCAGAUCCCCGCACAGAUACUCCUUCCCCCUCUACCCGCUCCUACUGCAACGCGAGCUCACGAGAAGUUGUCCACAACGCUGUCUAAUAUACGCUAUAAUUAUGAUAUUUCACAAUAUUCAAUGCAAACAUUGAAUUUGAUUAUACCGAUCUGACACACAAGUUUUCAAACGCAUUUUGCUUAGAGACCGAGCCUCCAUCCUGCUAUCCUGCUACCUCGAACUCCAUUCGGACUCGCUUAUGAACAAGUCCACAUAGCUGCCUAAUAUACGCUAUAAUUAUGAUAUUUCACAAAAUUCAGUGCAAACAUUGAACUUGAUUAUACCGAUCUGACACACAAGUUUUCAAACGCAUAUUACUGAGAGACCGAGUCUCCACCCUGCUAUCCUGCUACCCCGAACUCCAUUCGGACUCGCUUACAAACACAUUUUUUAACAAAAAUAAACCCAAAUUUUGGACCCAACACCAAAAAAAAUAUUUUUAGACAUUACUCACUCAUAUCCACCACACCCACGGGGAAAGA